CGUGGUGGUUCUGGUAGCCAAUGGAAUGGGCCGCAGGGUCCUGUUACGAAUCGUUAUUCAUCUAAUGCAGGUAGUGUGGAUCGUUAUGGUUCUCCACAAAAACCUUCUCCUGUAUGCUCAUCGUCCGGCCCCGCUGGCUAUUAUAGUGGUGGUGGUGCUAGUGGUAACGGGAGCAACCAUCCUCAGAUAGCGCCUUACACCCCGAAUUGCCCUCCACCAUCGUUUCCAAGCAAUCCGCAGUCAGCGGCUCUCGUUUCGAAUUCGAUCACAUCGUCUGCGAUCACAUCGAGCACGCCAAUGAGAUCGGAUCACGCGCCUUUGAUUCAGAAUUCUCCGGCUGAUUUGAGCAGUACUAGUCCAGUGAUCACGGCGUUUGUUCGAGCACCACCGAUACCGCCCGUCUUCGAUACUCCCCCACAGCAACAGAGCGGUGGAAAUGGGGCAGCUGAUUAUGAUGCUCGAACGUCGGAGAAUCGAAAACAAAAUGAGGAUUGGCGAAGGUAG